AUGCUGGUCACGGAUCUUCCAGAGUUUUCCAAACUUUUCCGGACAGAUCUGAGCCACCAAGAAAACAACGCCACGAGCUUGUAACAACUGGAGGCCUCAGACGUCUUGACCCCAGACAGCCAGACUCCUCAUCCACCUCCUCCCUUUCUCCUCAUUUCUCUUCCAUCUUCCCUGGUCCCUGCUCCUCGAUUCGAUUCUGAUAGAGGUUUGAUCUCCCCUUCCAAAAACUGAUCAAUCUUCCGAAUUCAAAUCCUCCCUCUUCUUCUUCUUCUUUCUCCUCGCUUUCCGUUGCACAAAACAAUUGCUGUCGUCCUUGAAUUGUCCUAUGUCUAGCCACGCCCUUUAAUGACUCCGCCCACUUUCUUGCAGGACAGACAUCACAGAAGAGCCUCCAUUUCGAUUGCAUUUGACCGAACUGGUAGCUCUUCUUUACAUUUCUCCUGUUUUUAGGUAUGAAGACCCUUCUGCUUCUCGCUUUUGUGAUUGGCUUGACUGCCGGAGAAGAGAUCAAAGAUCUGCCCGGAUUGGACUUUGAGCCCAACUUCAAGCAUUACUCUGGAUUCUUCCAGGUCUCCGAUAACCAUGUCCUCCAUUACUGGCAAGUUUGAAUCACUACUCUCUGUCAUUUCAACUAACUUCUCGACUAUUCCAGGUUCGUCGAAUCCCAAAACGACCCGUCCUCCGAUCCGCUGAUCUUCUGGUUCAACGGCGGUCCGGGAUGCUCGUCGCUCGACGGACUCCUCAACGAAAUGGGACCGUACGUGGCGAACGAGGACGGAAAGACUCUCCGUGAGAACGAGUAUUCGUGGAAUAAGCUCGCCUCCGUCGUCUACAUCGAGUCUCCAGCUGGGGUCGGAUAUUCGUACGCCACCGACGGAAACAUCACCACCAACGACGACUUAACUUCCCUGGAGAACUACGAAGCCGUCAAGCAGUUCUUCACCGAAUUCCCGCAGUUCCGUCACCACCAGACGUUCAUCAUGGGAGAGUCGUACGGAGGAGUUUACGUUCCGACGCUCACCGCCAGAAUCGUCGAUGGACAGAAGGACUUCCCUAUCAAUCUGAAGGGAAUGGCUCUCGGAAACGGGUACGUCAACGAGAAGCUCAACAUCGACACCUCUGUUCGUUUUGCUUACGGACACGGAUUGAUCGAUGAGAAGAUCUGGAAUACGUUGGAGCGCGACUGCUGCAGCGGAUGCAUCGACUCGUGCGAUCUGACCCAAGUCUCCGGACACUGCGCCACCAUGGUCGAGGACAUCUUCCAGUUCCUUUGGUUCGGAGGACUCAACCCGUACGAUCUGUACAGAGACUGCGACCCGAAUCCAUCGGUAAACAGCAAGAGAAUGAAGCACAUGCUCAGAGGAGUCGCCCCGGCCAUGAGCAACUUCGACCAGCUCCUCAAGAACCACACCAAGACCCAGCUGUACCAGUUCUUGAAGGUAACGAGAAUGAACGGAGAGUCGUCUUCCAACAAUCAGAAUUUCAGGACAAGUCAUCCCAGAAGCCACUGAAAGCCGACGUCCCGUGCCUUAACGACACCGAGAUGCUCUCGUACAUGAACGAUCCGAAGGUCCGCAAGGCUAUUCACAUCCCAUUCAACCUCGGAAAGUGGGACAUCUGCAGGUAAUCAGAACAUAUCAAAUUACUUCAAACCGUACCCGAUUCUCUAUCUAUUUCAGUGAUAAGGUUACCACGACCUACCAGAAGCAGUACACCGACAUGAGCCCGUUCAUCAAGAAGAUCGUCAAGAACCACGUGCGCGUUCUUCUCUACUACGGAGACACCGACAUGGCUUGCAACUUUAUGAUGGGACAGCAGUUCGCCGAUCAGCUCGGACUCCGCAGAACUCUCAAGAAGACGCCGUGGAAGUACGACAGACAGAUCGCCGGAUUCAAGACUCUAUUCGACGGACUCAGCUUCAUCACCAUCCGGGGAGCCGGACACAUGGCUCCGCAAUGGAGAGCUCCGCAGAUGUACUACGCUGUUCAGCAGUUCCUUGUCAACCAUCCGAUUUAA